AUGGCCAUUCUCGAGGAUGUUCCCGGUGUUGAGGUGACGGUACAGAUCAAUGGUCAGAAUGUUACCGAGUACCCUCCCAAUCAGGAGGAGCUGGAAGCGAUGGCAGAUGCAGACCGUCCCACUGCAUGCAGUUACAUCGAGUGCCACGAUGAUACCGAGUUCGCCAUCCGUAUAGCCGCAUCAAGCGACUACAAUUGGGGUUUCCGCGAUCAUCGGCUCAGGCUAAAUACAUACAUUGAUGGGAAGUAUGUUCAUGGCAAACUGUUUCGACAGCAUUCCAGUCAGCGAAGCGCUGCCGUGAAGGGUCGUGAGUUGUAUUGUCAGCGCUCCAAGCAAUGGCUACUGCACAAGUUCGAGUUUUCUGCAGUCAGUACUGUGGACGACUCGAGCAAGGAACGCGUCAAGGACGAUAUGAAGAUUGCAAAACACCUCGGCGUCAUCGAGGUCGAAGUCAGUCGAGUCAUUCACCUUGGUAGGCGUGCCAGGGGGUCACAGCAUUCUUUUACUCGCAAAGACAAAAUCGAGGUUACCGAGAAGGCGCUCAAAGGCAAAGCGAUCUCGCACGGAAUGUCAACCUCGGUGGGCGAGAUAGUCGAAAAUCCUACUCUCAAAUCAUCACAGGUCGAUGAUAUCCCUGAGGAUGAUGGGCCUAUUGGCGUGUUUCGAUUUCACUACAGAUCCAGAGAUGCUUUGAAGCGAGAAAUGAUCAUUCCUCGAAGUCUAUCUCCAUCGCCAGAUCCACCUUCCUUGCCCAGUAUUGAGACGAUGUCUCAGGUCGAGAUCCAGCGCCUCGCGCAGGAGAGACUCGAUCAGAUGAGACGAGAGAACGAAGUAAAGCAAGAGCGCAAGCCUGCCAUGAAGCGAGAGCCCGACGAAUUCAUGGAUCUAACCGGGAACAGCCUAGUGCAACGAUCCCCAAAGCGCCGACGGCAAGCAGAAUUCGUCGACUUGACGGAUGAUUGA